CAGCGAAAGGGCACAACGACGACGGAUGAGAACCACCGAGCGUUCCUGGAAACGGUGGGUUCAAGGCAGGCGACCCCACGGCAGAAGGAUGCCAAUGCAGACGAGGAAGAGAUUUGGACGGGGGCCCAGUGACGGUGACUGUGGGUAGCGGGGCACCGAGGUCCAGUGCGCGACGGUCUUGAGCAUUUGCAUUGCGAUACAAAAAGGGGCGCGAAAAGUGGUUGACCACUUGACUUCAUCAUUGUUCCGAUCGCCACUCGAAAACAUCAUCUCGUCCUCCCCAACUCCUGGCCAUCAUGGUGUUCCACGUACGAGGUAGCCCAAUCGGCUACACCUCCGUUCUCAUUGCGGUUUUAGCGUCAAUGGGUGGCUUCCUUUUCGGUUAUGACACUGGACAAAUCAGUAAUGUUGUCGCCUUUGACGACUUCAAAAUUCGUUUCGCAACAGGUGCGCCUGACGCCUCAGGUAUUCCGACGUGGAAUGUUUGGCUGGAAGGAUUGGUGGUUGGCUUUCUCUCCAUUGGAACGGCGAUUGGAGUAGUCCUUGGUGCACCUCUGGCAGACAGGCUGGGUCGAAGAUGGGCUAUGUCGGUCGAAGUCGGCAUCUUCGUUAUCGGCGUCUUGAUCCAAGUAACCAGCUUCACGGAGUGGUAUCAGGUCGCCAUCGGUCGUCUCGUCACUGGUCUGGGUGUCGGCGCUCUGAGUGCCGCUGUGCCGCUUUAUCAAAGUGAGACGGUACCGCGUCAGGUCCGUGGUGCUCUCGUCGCCACCUAUCAACUCUUCAUCACGUUUGGUAUUCUGAUCAGUUACUGCUUCGGAAUUGGGACCCGCACACUGGCUCCUAGCUCUGCCACGUGGCGACUCCUCAUUGCGCUCGGUAUCCCCUUCUCGCUCAUCCUCGGAAUCGGCAUCCAAUUCUGCCCAGAGAGCCCUCGAUGGCUCGCCAAGCGCGGACGCUUCGACGAGGCCUAUCGUUCUCUCGCGAAGGUCCGAGGAGCAGACCCUGGAGACGGCAAUGCUUGGGUCGAACAGGAGUACUCGGACAUUCUCGCCGGCAUCGAAGCGGAAAAGCACCUUCCGGAGUCCACGUGGCUCGACUGCUUCAAGCCGCAGCGUCGCACGCUGUAUCGCACCCUCCUGGGCAUCAUGCUACAAGCUGGACAACAGCUCACAGGCGCGAACUACUUCUUCUACUAUGGUACUCAAAUCUUCACCGGGGCGGGCAUAUCUGACUCCUUCGUCAGUCAACUGAUUCUCGGCGCAGUCAACUUUAUCUGCACGUUCGGCGGCCUCUACAUUCUGGAACGUUUCGGACGUCGUCGACCACUCAUCUACGGCGCAGCCUGGAUGGUCGUCUGGCUUUGUGUCUUCGCGGGUGUCGGCACGGGAGGCGAUCCAGACACGUACGGCAUCGCGGUCACUCAAAUCGUCGCCGCGGUCUUCUUCAUCAUGGGCUAUGCGACAACGUGGGCGCCUGGCAUCUGGCUCUUCGUCGGCGAGUCAUUCGCUAUGCGCACCAGGGCAAAGCAAGCUUCCCUUGCUACAUUGUCCAACUGGGUUUGGAACUUCGCUAUUGGCUUCUUCUCCCCGCCUAUCAGCAACACCAUUCAAUUCCGUUACGGUUUCGUCUUCGCCGGGGCUAACGCGCUCAAUUUCCUCGUGGCCCUCUUCUUUGUCUACGAGACGCAGAACCUCACCCUUGAGCAGAUCGACGAGAUGUACAACUCGGGUGUACCAGCCUGGAAGUCCACGAGCUGGGUGCCUGCGGGCUACGAGAGUCGCGAGCAAGUCAAGGAUGCAGAGAAGGCCGAGGACACCACCGCUACUGGAGUGGAAGACCCCAAGCCUGAAUGGCGCACCAAGCCUGGCGACGAGGCAGAGGAUGGCAAGAGGAAGGUCCCCAAGACUGUUGCGACCACGACGGAGUCUGCUUCGGGCAGUAGCGCGUAGAGACUUGCCUCCAGAGGUGGCGUCGCUUUGAUCGAGCGCAUCAGACCUGGCUGCUGCUCCUCGCUCUCGGUUUCACGGCGACUGGAUUGCCAGACGUUCUUCUCUCGUAUCGAGGUUCAAGGAUGCGCAGAUUCUCCUGUUCUAUCGGAUCAGUGUAUCGAGUCUGUCUUCUGUGCUGUCCGUGCCCCCUCGUACAUCGGAAUCGUAUUCAUUGACAAUCAUGACCAGCUCG